AUGUUACCUGAAGUGGAAGACGAGAGAAUACCAAGCAGGAUCCCAGAUCAAAUUGAGAUGUCGGGGUGGAUUGUCUUCCAAGGGUGGAUGAUAAUAUCGGGACGGUCGAUUGUAAUCAGGGUCUGGGCCAUUGUAGCAAGGGACAUUAAGAAACGCGCGCAAUGGCAAUUAUGCACGAUCUGGGUUCAUCUCAAUUACUCCACUUCAGCCGAUGUAGCGGCCAACCUUGCGUGA